CAGCGGGGCGGCCAGAGGCGCAGGAAAUGGCGGCCGGCGGGCCCCGCCCGCCCGGGGAGGGCUCGGCGGCGGCGGGAGGGGCGGAGCCGCGCGUCAUGGCCGCCAGCCGCCUCCCGCCGGGCGCGCUCACCCUGAGGCAGUUCCUGAGGCGGCAGCAGGUUCUUCAGUUGUACAGGAAGAUCCUGCGGGCUAUUCGCGACGUCCCUGCUGAAGCAGAUCGCCACUAUUUAAAGGACUGGGCCAGGGAGGAAUUCAGAAGAAAUAAAGAUGCUACAGAAGAGGACGCAAUCAGGAUGAUGAUUACUCAAGGCAAUAUGCAGCUCCAGGAACUUCAAAGAACACUUAAACUGGCAAAAUCCUGAUCUUAAUUUUGUUGACAGCUGGACUUUUAUCUGCUGUGAACGAGCAUAGCAUUUUUUCCAGAAUGUGGUUACAAUAGCAGCCUUUGCUGACAACGUGGUAAUGUUUGAAAGUGGAAUCUGCCACAGUGGGGUUUUUGAUUGUUUUGGUUUCUUUUAUUCCCUUUGCCCUUCCUCUUUUCAGUCUGGUUACCCUCCUGUAUGGAGGUCACACAGACACAAAAGACUUUAAAGAACUGAAUGGAUGAUGGACCAUGUACCAUGGGGAAAGCAGAAAGCACCAAAAAUUACAGCAGUGUUAUGCCAGGAAAAUGGAAAAUAAAUACAAGCCAGAUUA